CAAUUGCAACAUAAAAAUACCUUUUAAAAAAAAGGUUAUAAAAAAUAUUCAUUCUUUACUAUUUUUAAAUUAAUUUUGUAUUCAUCGAACUUCUCUUAUUGUCGGACGUGUUUGUAACCUUUAUAAUUUCUACUAAAACCGAAUUAUAUACGAAGUGGCAAAACAAUCAGCGUUUCCUUUAAUACAGUUUGCGAGUGGUGAAAUAAUCAGUCCACACACAUUUUAACAUGGUCCUUCGAAAGUGACCACUUCGUGUUCAAGAAUUUUACCAUCACACGACGAUCACCGACAACGAUCUAAGAGAGACGACGACAUUAUUUUAUAUACCAUCAAGAGGAUUGAGAUACCUACCGUGCUGUUCAGUAUAUCGGGCCGGUCAACAACGUAUCAAGAAGAUUCUCAUACAAGACAAUCAAGACUUUUCUUUCAGCAAUUUUAUUUCAGCAUUAUAAUAUAUUUCGACGCUACAUAUUGUUUUUGCAACAUAACCGUGAGUCAACAAUUUAUAUUACUCCGGUCAAGAACAUCGUCGCAUCAUUUCAUUCAAGAUUUUCAUUCAAGACAGCAAAAAAAAUUUCAAGAUUUCGCGCCGUUUUCGCUUCAAGAAACAAACGAAGAUCGGCAUACGUCACACGGAACGGAACAAAACGGUUUGACAAAUAUACUUCACGAACCUAGAAACCGCGCCAAAAGCACGACUUCGCGCGCGAUCGUCCUUUUUUAUUUUUUACUUUUUUUAUUUGUCUGUGGUUUCAUUCAUGACGCAUGCGCGUUUUGUUUGACGGACGUUGAUGCGUGUUAUCAAUUGUUAUCUUGUAAACUUUACUUGUAAAAAGUUCAAAAAGUGUAAUUGUGCAGUGAAAUGGCGGAGAAAUCUCAUUCUUCCAAGGGUUUAAAGGAGGCAGUGGCCUCGCGAGGUUACUUAAAAGAUCGUGAAAUAAGGCGUCGUGAACCCCGCAUAGAAAACCCGCCUCCGACCACUACAAUGACUUCUCCAGCCACUCCACUGAGCAAAAUUAAUUUGCCACCAAUAGAGCUUCCCACCUUCAGUGAUACAUAUACUGCUCGGGCAUACCAGCUCGAUAGAGACAUGGAGAAGGAGCCAACGCUGAACGACUUCCUGAGCUUCCUCGAUCAAAGAGCUCUGGCGCUGGAAAAUGCUGAGCCAGGGAAUGCUCAGUACCGGUCACCGAAUGCAAAGGUGGUAACACAUGUUACCAAGGAGGAGCAAGCCUGUGUAUACUAUCCUGCUGCCGACGGAGUUACCCAGCAGCAGUCGAGCGACGCCGCAUAGCGCGAGGCAACCCAGUCUCAUCAACACUAAGUUCGGGUAUAUUAUUGCAGGGAGUUUGCCACAAAGGAGUAUCAACAAAGUCUGUAACAAGGUAUCUUUAAAAUGUAUUGCUUGUGAAGCUGAUGUUAAUAACACAUUAACUCAAUUUUGGAAGACUGAAAGUGUCCCACAAAUAUUUAAUGAAACAAAUUCAGAACAAGAACUGACUGAACAUAUUUUUCAAAAUACUGUGCAGUUAAAGGAUAAACAGUUUGAAGUGGCCUUGCCUUUGAAGCUGCCUAUCGGCGAUAUUAAUGAUACUUUAGGUGAAUCCUUUCAUUUUGCUUUAAAACGAUUUUUGAAUUUGGAGAAAAAAUUACAUAAUA